ACUGUCCAAUCCUGGCAUCUGAAACUCAACCGGGAAAUGAAUAAAGCGAAGCUAGUCAGGAGCUAACUGGCUAGAAGAAUUUUCAUCUAAACUCAACCAAUUGAGUCGUUAAACAGGUCUGCAAAAUGGGUGAACCACAGCAGGUCAGCGCACUGCCUCCACCGCCCAUGCAGUACAUCAAGGAGUAUACAGAUGAAAACAUUCGCAAAGGUCUGGUGCCAAAGCCGCCUCCGCCCAUCAGAGACAGCUACAUGAUGUUUGGCAAUCAGUUUCAGUGCGACGACCUUAUUAUUCGGCCUCUGGAGAGCCAAGGCAUCGAGAGGCUGCAUCCUAUGCAGUUUGACCACAAACGGGAGCUCAAGAAGCUGAACAUGUCCAUUCUCGUAAACUUUCUGGACCUUUUAGACAUCCUUAUCAAAAGUCCUGGUAAUAUUAAACGCGAAGAGAAGAUGGAGGACAUAAAGCUUUUGUUUGUUCACAUGCAUCAUCUGAUCAACGAGUACAGGCCGCACCAAGCCAGGGAGACUCUGAGGGUGAUGAUGGAGGUGCAGAAGAGGCAGAGGUUGGAGACGGCGGAGAGAUUCCAAAAACACCUGGAGAGAGUCGUGGAGAUGAUCCAAGGGUGUCUUGCUUCUGCGCCUGACGACCUGCUGCAGAUGGAGAUUCCAGACGUUUCUGAAGGGCCAAAGGGUGCGUCCGGAGCAGCUGCUGCCCCCUGUUCGUCUGGGCAGCCCCCUCGGCUGAAAAUGGAACCUAUGGAUGUUGAGGAAGCGGGGGGCAGCUGUAUGGUUGCAGGAAACCAGGAGAAAAAUAUCCCUUCUUCAAAAAGGGACAAAAUAUGGGACAAAGACGCUGCCAUGUGUAGUAUAAUUGAUGAAUUAGCUUAGCUGUAUGUUUUUCUUCUCUCUUUUAUAACCAGAAAUCGUUUGAUUGCUCUCUGUUUGACUAAUUGCAGUGUUUUCACAAGAACAGGAAGUCUUCUAAUGUUAACUUAUCUAAAGGCGGUCUUUCAGUUUUUUUUCCUGCACAUGGGAAAUAAUUUAGAUAGUUGAAAUUCUGUAUUAAAACAUUGUAGUGUCAGUAUUUGUUUUUGCAAGAAACCUAAAAAAACAUUUUUCAUUUGGGUAUGUUUAAAACUGCAAAUAAAAGUCUCAUGUUCAUAUUUA